GACUUCCAGCUGUCAAACUGACAACUAUGUGUUUGACGGAGCGCGCUGUUUGUUGACGGCCGCUCCACUUUGCUGCGCGCGUCUUGCUCCUCUCGUGGAUUAUCGCUGCCCAGCAACACAGACAGGCGCAGAGCCACCUGACAACUCUCAAUGUCGUAAUUAAGAUGAAUCAAUAAGUUAGCAAUGGAGACCAAAGAGUACCAAAGUUUCUUGGAUGGAGAUGAUUCUGAGAAUAAAUGGUCUCAAGCCCCAGGCAGUAUGGAGUACUGCUGCAGCACAGAGGAUUCAGGUCUGACAAGCAGUGAUAUCCUAAUGGACAUGGUCAGUGUCAGCCGCCCUGUUGGAAGCCCGGCUGCCGACAGCAAACACAAUAACACGAAGAAGCAGGAGCAGCCAAUGCUUCAAUUCAGCCAGGACCAACCAUUUGUUCUCCCGCACUUCAACAACUCCCUGCUCGGUCACAAGCAGGAAAUGGACUCCAAGGAGCUUUCCAAGACUGUGGCUGAGUCUAUGGGCUUGUAUAUGAAUGCUGCCAGGGAGGCGGAUUUUGCUUUUAGCCAACACGGAGGGAGCACAAGCCCGGGAAAGCUUUAUCCAGUUUGUGGAAGACCUCUUAAAGAAAACCAGUGUGGCUCCACAAAGAGCCCUAAGUUAAAGCUGGUUGCGUUCCAGCAAACUGGCCUCACCCCCAGAGAAUGCAGCACUGGGACUCCAGUUAGCUCAGCAUCUAUGCUUGCUUCCUCCCUGUCCUGCAGUCCUAGGUCCUCCAGCUGCAUUUCCAGCCCUGGAGGGAGUAACAACAUGGUGUCAUCUACCACUAGCCCUUCUACAUGCUUUGGGCCACUAUGCUCAUCCGUCAGUAGUCCUGCAAGCCAGACUUUAUGUGCUGCAACUCUAGCCAACAUCAAGCGCAGGAAUUCAGCCACAUGUAGCCCUGUGGAAUCAAGCACCGUUGGCUCACCACUACUCGCCAGUCCCCUUAAUAUAAUGAGGUCCCCCAUGUCCAGCCCACAGAGUAUGAGCAGUGUGAGAUCCCCUCCAUCCUGUAGCACUACGUGUAACAUCAGGUCUUCUGUUUCAAGCCCUGGUGGCAGCUGUACUGGUACUACCAAUAAUAGUAAUACAGUAAGACCCUCUAUUUCUAGUCCAAUCACAGGGGGGGCUAUGCCUGUUACUAGCCCUCAGAACCACUCUUCUACUGGGUUUCCUGUGUCCAGUCCUGCUGGAGGACUAGGAUUAGUUCAGAAUGACUCUAACAGCCCAGAAACGACAGGGGUGACCAGAGACACAGAUUUCAAGAACUUUGAGUUCCCUAAAGUAGAGAUGACAGAUAGGGAGGGGUUUAGCAUUGGUUUGGACCAGAUGGGUAUGGUUAAGUACAUUAAGAAUGAGCCUGGGACUGACUUCAAGAGCAUGUGUUUAGGUAGCUCCAAAUGUGACAUGAGCAGCACACCUUUUAUCACACAGAUCAAGACAGAGCCAAACGAAAGUGAGGGAUGUAUGAACCAGCAGUCCUACAGUGAACAGUCGCCAUCUCUUGGCCUCUUUCCCGCAUCUGAAACCACAUAUUUGUCCCUGAGAAACAACAUUGAUGAAUACAGUCUUUCUGGGAUCUUAGGACCCCCUGUGUCUUCUGUGAAUGGGAGCUAUGAAGCAGACGUGUUCUCCAACAACGUCAUGUCUAAAGGGGUUAAGCAGGAGUCCACUGAUGACGGCUAUUACCAAGAGAAUAACGGCAUGUCUACGUCUGCCAUUGUCGGAGUUAAUUCCGGAGGACACUCAUUCCAUUACCAGAUUGGAGCGCAGGGAACAAUGUCAUUCACGCGGCAUGAUGUGAGGGACCAGUCCAACCCAUUGUUGAAUCUAAUUUCACCUGUAACAGCAUUAAUGGAGUCAUGGAAAUCUCGACCAGGCAUGUCGCAGGGAUCUCUGUCAGGCAGAGGGGAGGGAUACUCGAGCCUGAACUGCAUUGCUGACAGCAUGUCCAGCUCACCACUCAGACAACCGUCCUCAACAGCCAAAGUAUGUCUGGUUUGUGGGGACGAGGCAUCGGGGUGUCACUACGGUGUCGUGACCUGUGGAAGCUGUAAGGUCUUCUUCAAAAGAGCUGUGGAAGGUCAACACAACUAUCUAUGUGCUGGAAGAAAUGACUGUAUCAUUGACAAGAUCCGGAGAAAAAACUGUCCGGCAUGUCGUGUACGGAAGUGUCUCCAAGCUGGAAUGAACCUUGGAGCGCGAAAGUCUAAAAAGUUGAAGCUGAAGGGAGUUACUGAGGACCUGCAGAGCUCUAAAGAUGGCCAGAUAGUCUCAAGUGGCAUUGGAGGUGGUUAUCUGUCCUCAGAAAAAGAGCUUAACGCCAGCGCCACCAACACUUUGAUGUCCCACGGGCCAGGGGGUGUCACACCCUUUCUGCCCCCCUCCAUCAGCAGCGUGUUGGAGCUGAUUGAGCCUGAAGAGGUGUACUCCGGCUACGACAAUGCACAACCCGACACAACUGACCACCUGCUGUCCAGUCUCAACCGCCUGGCCGGAAAGCAGAUGGUGCGCAUGGUGAAGUGGGCCAAAGUACUUCCAGGUUUCCGUGUCCUGCCCAUUGAGGACCAGAUCACCCUGAUCCAAUAUUCGUGGAUGUGUUUGUCCUCCUUCUGCCUCAGCUGGCGCUCCUACAAACACACUAACGGACAAAUGCUCUACUUUGCUCCUGAUCUAAUCUUUAAUGAAGACCGCAUGAGGCAGUCGGCCAUGUAUGACCUGUGUCUGGGUAUGAGGCAAGUGAGCCAGGAGUUUGUUCGACUGCAGCUAACGUACGACGAGUUCUUGUCAAUGAAGGUUCUCCUGCUUCUCAGCACAGUUCCCAAAGAGGGUCUGAAGAACCAGGCGGCUUUUGAGGAGAUGAGGGUAAACUACAUCAAGGAGCUCCGGCGGUCAGUAGGAAAAGCAACCAACAAUUCUGGCCAGACCUGGCAACGCUUCUUCCAGCUCACCAAGCUGCUGGACGCCAUGCACGAUCUCGUUGGGAACUUGUUGGACUUUUGUUUCUACACCUUUCGUGAGUCGCAGGCCCUUAAAGUGGAAUUCCCUGAAAUGCUGGUGGAAAUUAUCAGUGACCAGAUACCAAAGGUGGAGUCGGGCCUCACUCACACCAUCUACUUCCACAAGAAGUGACUUUGCCGCUCAGAUUUGGCGGAAAUUGACAUGAAGCACUGGAAAAGAGACAAAAGAGGUUCAGGGACAACAAAAAACGGGCAUGGAAGACCUUACCUGGUGGCUCUUGUCCCGUUGCCCUGCGUUUCCACGACCUCAACUAAGACGACGUGAUCAGCGACAUGGUGACCGAUGCAAAAAAAAAAAAAAAAAACAGUUUCACACUGCGGUUGCUAUGAGAACUUCUGAGCUGAGAAUAGUUGAAGAAGUCUCACACAAUUCCUGAAAAUUGUGACAAAGCAUUCAGAUGUACGCCCAUGCAACCCUGCCCCAAAGAAAACAGUAUUUUUUACGGAGAUAAAGCCAUAAGUCACUUAGAAUGCGUAGGCUCACACGAGAGUUGAAGGAAACUGAUACACGUACAUCACAUGCUUUUGUGCGCAUAAAAAUGAAAUUUGCUUACAAAUUAGACAAAAGUAGACGAACAGAAUAGUGUUAGGAAAAAAAAAUGCCAGCACUAAUAUUAGCUUUGCAGCAUAGCAAGCUAAAACACAGGGCAAAG